UCCUUCUUCCUAAUGAUGGGGCGCCUGGUCAGAAUGGCUGCCGGGUGGUUCUACUUGUCCUUCUAUGCACUGUCGCUGCUGGGCCUGAUGUGCAUCAUCCUCGCCGUCUACUGGAUGCAGCUGUGGCAUGGUGGCUUUGCCUGGGAUGGCACCAGCCUCAUGUUCAACUAUCACCCCGUGUUCAUGGUCGCCGGCUCAGUGGUGGUCUACAGUGCUGCAUCGCUGGUGUACCGCCUGCCGCAGUCGUGGGUGGGGCCCAAGCUGCCAUGGAAGAUUGGCCACGCAGUCCUGCACCUGCUGGCCUUCAUCCUGACCGUGCUGGGGCUGGUCGUCGUCUUUCAGUUUCACAACCACGAAAACACCGUCAGCCUCUACUCCCUGCACAGCUGGCUGGGCAUCGUCACCGUCUUCCUUUUUGCCUGCCAGUGGUUCCUGGGCUUUGUCGUCUUCCUUCUGCCGUGGGUGUCCGUGUGGCUGCGCAGCCUCCUUAAACCCAUCCACGUCUUCUUUGGAGUUAUCAUCCUCUUUCUGUCCAUUGCGUCUGUCAUUUCCGGCAUUAAUGAGAAGCUCUUCUUCAGUUUGAACAACAACACCCAGCCAUACUCCAGUCUGCCCAGUGAAGCUGUCUUUGCCAACAGCACCGGGAUGCUGGUCGUGGUCUUUGGGCUACUGGUGCUCUAUAUCCUCCUGGUUUCAUCUUGGAAACGUCCAGAGCCAGGGAUCCUGAGCGAAGGACAGCCCCUGUUGUGUGACGGGGAGUGAAGCGGGAAGGGCACCCACGAGCAGGUGGAGGUGUUUCCCCCCAGAAGCUCUUCUCUGCCAGGGCCUCCUCUCUGGUUUCGGCAACAGACCAGCUUUGCGCUCUGGGCCCGAACCUCUUCUGGCCUCCACGUGGGGCCUGCUCUCCCCACCGAUCUCCUGCCCACCCGCUCUGCUUGGUGGCUUCUCUACCCCUUCCUGGCAUCGACUUCUCGGGUUCUCCACACACGCCGCCCCAGCUGCUCACGCUGUGUGCUCCCUGCUCCCUGUGUGAAGUCAAGCUGAUUUCCCCUCUCGGCCCCUAAGGAUCUGGUAGAGACUCUCUCCAGCUCAGAUAAGCCAGGACGCAGGUGCAACCUGUACGUGGAAAGUGAGGGAGGUAACGGUGUCCGGCAGCUUUCCCUGGAAGGCGUGCGUUAUAUUUGGGCCGCCCUGACCGUUGGGCGGCCAGCAUCGGCCGUGCCCUCCAUCCAGCCCGCCCAGACGUGAGGCUGGAAUGGAGAAGGUGGAAGGUGAUGGAAGGUGAUGGAAGGAGGAGAAGGGCAGCAGAGGGGCUUCCGCAGAGAAGCUGAGGAGCUGACUGCUCUUUGCUGUUCUGUUUCGUGUCGCUGCAUUCCUCGUCCGCCUGCACUGUGACCACGUGCCUCCACCUCUCGCUGCUGCCACAGCCCUGGCCUAGAUCCUGGCCUUUCCCUGUGACUUACGUGCCCGUCAAUGUCGGGCAGCCCGAGGAACCCUGAUGACCUGCUCUCCCAAGAACCGCGUGUCCCCGGCUGCCCCACAAGGGAUGCCCCUGCCUGGAUCAGGGCCUCCCCACCUGGCCCCGGGCAGGCUCAGCCUCGCUCUCUUGGCAGAGCCCCUGCCCAGCUGAUUUUCACUCUCUAGCUCCCCAUGCAACAAGCCAAAGUUGUGGUGCAUUGUGCCCCGUGGGCCGCUUUCCAAGGUGCUCCCUGCUGAGUACCGGAGUGCCUCAUUUGCCCCCUCAGUGGCUACUUUCUUGGCCAAACCCAGUCUCCUGUUAUGCCUGAGGGCGAGCUGCGGGGGGGGUGGGGGGGGUGAGUAGUGGGGGAUGGGACGGGGGAAUCUGCUCCUCUCUGAAGUGAUGGGGCUGUGGCUUUUCCCGCCCUCUCCAAAUGAGCCCUGCUGGGACCCAGCUCCAUAUUGCCGUGCUCAGUGACCAGCAGCACCAGUGCACUUACCCCUGGCAGGUGGUGAGGAGGCGGACCGUCCACCCCAACCCCGUGUGGCCCGAUGUCGGCAGGACUGUGACUGGACUUCCUGAGGGGAUGGAGCCUUUGAAGCCACUGGGAUGACUUCCAGGCACCUCAGUCACGUGCCCCGCGCCCCCUCUUUCCGUAUGGGUGGAGCUGUAACUUGUUCACGCAGCUUGGUUUCCUUUAAUCGUGUUUUAAAGAAUCAAAGCCUUCUCUACUGUGA